AUGGCUGAACCUGCCACUGGUUCAAACGUUAAAAAGUUGUGCUCUUUAGGUGUCGGUGGUGGUGCUCGUUCUAAUUCAAUUCUGUUUGGUCGUCACCCCUCAGUGACAAUUGUUGAUGAUGAUUUGUCCACUAUCUCGUCCUCUGAUGUUGACACUGAUGAUUGCGAAUCAAGUGAUGAACAAUUAUCAUACGCCUUGAACCAAUUAAAAGCCAAACGUAGAGCUAGUCAACGCCUUCAAAGCUUCUCUAACUGCAACCCUAAAUUGUCAAGAGCUGUGUCGCAGUAUUCCGAUACUGACCUGGAAGAUGAAGCUGAAAAUGACGAAGAAAACUAUGCUGCAGGUUACAGCCCUGGUCCCUCUAGACCUUUUAAUUCCCACCAAAGGCUGAGAUCAUCUAACCUUAGAUCUUUUUCCUUUUCUGUGAAGAAUGAAAAUGUUUUCUCUCAAGAUUCAUCUGAUUGUGAAGUGUUGCAAAAUAGUUCUAAACCCUCCUGUACGCAUUAUAACAUGGGAGUAGAGUCUUUUCACAAAGCUCCAGCCGUUUCUAGUCCCAUUGGUUUUUCUACUGCUGCUGGUUCUCCAGGUUCUACUUGUGGUACCAACAAUUUGGCUUUAGAAAAGGACAAGGCAUCUAGAGCUCAUUGCUUUGACUACCUUGUGGGUGCAAUUGAUGCUGCUUGGGCAAGUUAUUGUGAUGCAACUUCUGUUGUUGAAGACGAAGUUUAUGGCUACAGUACACCUGAACUGGUUGCCUCGGAUUACGAUGAUGAGCAUUCAAGUGGUUCUCACAUUAAUACCCCUCAAAAUGCAGUACCCACGAGUGAUGAAGAAAACGACACAGAUUUAACUGAUUACGAUAGCGAUUACGACCAUAAGAUCGCCUCAUAUAAGGCUGGUGCUAUCCCCUCAGAUAAUGGGGCCAAUGCAACCAUGUCAACCAUGCGUAUGUCGAUCAUGAAUACGCCUAUACAAGCAACUUCUUCUUCUGCAACUUCCAAACCUUCAAUUUGUGAUCCACGGACGAAUCCUUCAUCCUGUAAGUUGCAAGAAUUGAAGGAACGCUUAACAAAAGCCAAGUAUUUUUUACAAGACUUGGUUGACUCUGAUGAUUACUAUGACAUGUUGACGUUUUGGAAACGUUGGGACAUGAUCAAGUAUGCAACUAUUGAGUUAGUAGAAGAGGAUGAUGACGAUGAAGUUGUUGAAUCGACCAUUGACGAGUUAGAAGAUGGUCGCUUAGUUGUACAAUAA